CAGUAGUGCAAGAUCUAUACUUUGAAAAUAUAUAUUAUUUGAGAGCACAACCAAAGAAUUGAAUAUCAACAACAACAAUAACAAGAUUAACAAAAGAGUCAAAGAUGUUAGAGAAGCUUGUAACAGAAGACAUAAUCCAAAAUGGUUUCACUACUCAUGUCAACAAUCUUCUACCACCUUCUUCCAAUCCUCCUACAAUCAAGAGAAAACGAAAUCUUCCUGGCACUCCAGAUCCUGAAGCAGAAGUAAUCGCGUUAUCUCCAAAGACACUAAUGGCAACAAACAGAUUCUUGUGUGAGAUUUGUGGCAAGGGAUUUCAAAGAGAUCAAAAUCUUCAACUUCAUAGACGAGGUCACAACUUGCCAUGGAAGCUAAAACAAAGAACAAGCAAAGAAGUGAGAAAGCGGGUUUAUGUAUGCCCCGAAAAGUCUUGUGUCCAUAAUCAUCCAUCAAGGGCUCUUGGAGACUUGACUGGUAUUAAGAAGCAUUUUUGUAGGAAACAUGGUGAGAAGAAAUGGAAAUGUGCAAAGUGUUCCAAGUGUUAUGCGGUUCAGUCGGAUUGGAAAGCUCAUUCCAAAACGUGUGGGACUAGAGAAUACAAGUGCGAUUGCGGGACAAUAUUUUCCAGGAGAGAUAGCUUUAUAACUCAUAGAGCCUUCUGUGACGCCUUGGCAGAGGAAACUGCAAGAGUUUCCGCCGCAUCUCAUCAUUUCAACAAUAACGUCACACAACCAGCCGGAAGCCUAAUAAACUACCACUUUGUAGGACCACAGGUUCUUUCUGGUCAAACCAUGAUGGCUCAACAUUCCGAAAUCUUCAAACCAAUCCCAACCAACAACCAGCUACUAGCUCAUGAAAACCAUAAUCUCGAAGAUGGGCUUUCACUUUUGAAUAACAACAACAACGACAAUAAUGAUCUUCGUGAAAUGCCACAUCAGAUUAAUUUAUUCGUUGAUCCUAACCAAAACCAUCAACCGAAUUGGUUCGAGUUUGGAUCAGUCAGGAACAAUAAUUUAGAUCAUCAAGAGAAUAUUAACUUAAGUGCACCACCACCUUCUUUGUUCACCAUUCAAAACCACUUGAACCAAAGUAGUGCUGCUAGCAUGUCUGCAACCGCUUUGUUGCAAAAAGCCGCACAAAUUGGCUCAACGACUUCUACUUCAUCAGCUACCACAAGAAAUAACCAAUUAUUACUAGGAUCAAACUUUGGAUUGAAGUCCAAUAAUAAUGAUAACGGCAUUGUUCAAGUUCAAGAGCAAGACAAAUUUUGCGGGUUAUAUGGUACUACAACAACUCGAAUGACAGAUACUGGAAUCGAAGUGGAAUUUGGGAAUGAUUUUACAAGUCUUGACAAGAUGUGCCCUCCUUCAAAAAGAAGACAUAUACAAAUUGAAGAUCAUAAUAAUAGUCUUAUUAAUAUCACUAAUAUUUCUAAUACUAACAAUAAUAAUAAUAAUAAUAAUAAUACAGGACAUACUAGGGAUUUUCUUGGUGUGGGAAUUCAGCCCAUGUGCCAUCCUAGUAUGAGAUUCGACAAUUUGUAAGGGAGAAAGAAAAAGUGGUGAAGAAAAAGAAGAGAUAUUUAUAUAUGUGUGUAUAUAUGCAUGAUUCAUGCAUAUUCGAUCAGAUGCUCUUCUUGGGACUUUUAUUAAGAAAAUGAAAUGAUGGGGGACUUUUUCACUUGAGAGAAAAUUAUUGAACAAGUGGCCGGUGUUGGUAGUGGCGAGGCUAUAUUUAUCAAAAAAGAUCGCCAUAAUAAGUCCUUUUAAACUCAAUUAUUGCUUAUCUUUAAUUAAUGUAUCCUGUCAUAUUUUAUUUAAUUUAAUGAAAGAAUUUUAGUAA